AUGAACGGUCACACCGUGUUGCUGUUCACCAUCAUCGCUGUACAACUGUACUUGGCGUUCGACGAGGUCAGGUCGAUGUGGGUCGAGGACGAUGGGACCAAUCAUUUGCAUACGCUGUCGACGAACAUGAUCGGCGCUAUCAGCAUUUUGCUGACGGCCCUGUGCAGCGUCCGACUGCGUCACAUCCAGCAUUCGCUGAGCCGCGUGGAACGGUCACUGCACUUCCAAGACAACCACAACCUUGGUCAAGGCGACAACGUUGUCACGGUCGGCCACUGGUCAAUCGAAUACCGUACCCGCGGUUGGCUGGCUCUGGCCGUCGUCGUGUUCGGUUACCUCAAGUACGGUCUGCUGAUGGAGCACGGUCGGAAGUCCGCGUACGCGUCGGCUGUCGUGGCGUUGCUCAGCACGAUAUCGUUAGCCGGCAACUAUUACGUGACGCUCAUGUUUGUGGAUCACGUGUUUUUCGCCAAAAGGUCAGUAACAACUAACAUGGGUAUUAUUAAAAUAACACUAGAUUCAACGUGA